AAGUGCUUGCCUGGCAGGCCUCUCGCAGGGUGUUGUGGACACAGGUGACUCUUGUGUUGGGCACACGUGUUUGUGGCUUGCACAGUGAGCUAAAAUUAGCAGCGUUUCAGGAAGGAAACCACAUCAGGGAGCUGAGACGUGGGUGGAAAGGACGUGAAGGGAGGGAUCUGGGUCCCUGCAGGUACUUUUGCCUCUUGUUCUAUUUGAAGAUUGCAGCUGGGAAGGUGCAAAGUUGCUGGUCCCCGAAAAGCUGCUGCCUACCCCGGUCUGGAGCCCCUGUGAGCUGGCGUAGAGCAGGGAGGGGUUGCAUCACACCCGAGUCCUUCCACGGGGCAUGCGUAGUAUGAGUGCCACCCCACUGAGGGCUGUUGUGGGGGCCAGGGGACACAUCGGCCAGGGUGUCGCCCACCGGGCGUUUGGAGAAAGCAGGAAAAGGUGUGGGUGUCCAGCAUGCUGGUGCGGAGAACAAAUAUGAGAAAUUGGGGAGACUGCUUGUCAGGCUGCGUUGGCUUCCUGGGUGGUCGGGAGAAGGAUGUGCAGACUGUGGAACUGGCGGGUGUCAGGGACCAGAAGCUGCGAAGGUGGCGGGGAAGACGAGCAGCUGCAGGAAGAAGGGCUGGCUGCCAAGACCAUGGGAUCGACUACAAGACCACCACCAUCCUGCUGGACGGCCGGCGCGUGAAGCUGGAGCUCUGGGACACGUCGGGCCAGGGCCGCUUCUGCACCAUCUUCAGGUCCUACUCCAGGGGCGCUCAGGGGAUCCUCCUGGUGUAUGACAUCACGAACCGCUGGUCCUUUGACGGCAUUGACCGCUGGAUCAAGGAGAUCGACGAGCAUGCGCCCGGAGUGCCCCGGAUCUUGGUUGGAAACCGGCUGCACCUGGCCUUCAAGCGCCAAGUCCCGACGGAGCAGGCCCGCGCCUACGCGGAGAAGAACUGCAUGACCUUCUUCGAGGUCAGCCCUCUGUGCAACUUCAACGUCAUUGAGUCCUUCACGGAGCUGUCCCGCAUUGUGCUCAUGCGGCACGGCAUGGAGAAGAUCUGGAGGCCCAACCGAGUGUUCAGCCUGCAGGACCUCUGCUGCCGGGCCAUCGUCUCCUGCACCCCCGUGCACCUCAUCGACAAGCUUCCACUGCCUGUCACCAUCAAGAGCCACCUCAAGUCCUUCUCGAUGGCCAACGGCAUGAACGCGGUCAUGAUGCACGGCCGCUCCUACUCCCUGGCCAGUGGGGCUGGGGGCAGCGGCAGCAAGGGGAACAGCCUCAAGAGGUCCAAGUCCAUCCGCCCGCCCCAGAGCCCCCCGCAGAACUGCUCACGGAGCAACUGCAAGAUCUCCUAGCAGAGAUGGGUGGGCCGCCUGUGCAGAUGCUGGGAGGGCUCAAGGUGGACACUCCCGCAGCGACGCCGGGCCAGUGCUGCCUGUGUGAAGACUGGCCACAGAGCUGCCUCAGAAGCACUAGGCUUUCCCCGCACCUGAGCCGGGUGUGGGGAGGAGCACGCACGGAGCACGUGUGGCAGGUGGGAGGAGGGGACGCGGCUGGGCUGCUGGUGCUUCUGGGAAUCUUGGUCUGAAACAAGCUGGGCCUCUCCGACUGCCUGAGCUCGGCCGGUGGAGAGCCUGACUUGCCUUUCUUAUUUAUAUACAGAACACUCCACCCUUUUUGUACAUUUUCAAGGGGCCUUCAGGGAAGCCUGCGUGUGUCCCUGUGGUGCACUGGUGACUUCAUGGCCACACCAGCCAUGGGGACACACUUGGGACGCCUCAGGAGGGGAUUUGUGACAGUGAUGGGAAGGAGUCGCCCUGUGAAUCCACGCACUGCGAUUGGCAGGGCUGCUCAGAGGCUGGCGGAGCAGACGGGGUCGGUGCUCCCUCUGGAAGCUUGGGUGACCUCGGCCCUGGCUCCCAUGGGCUCCGACCUCAGUGGUCACCGUGCUGGCAGUGGAUGGAGGGUGUGGCCCUGUGGUCAGAGCCCAAGCAACACUCAGGAGAGGGGAGAAGUGAGGUGCGCCUGGGAGCACAUACUGUUUUUGCUCCCCAAAUCCCUUCUUCCUACAUGGGGCUGAGAACCUUUGAUGUGACACCUUUGGGGACGUUUACCACUCAAAACUCAGAUCAGUAUCUCUCCCACCCUGGAGAGUGCAGAGCUAUCUGUGGACUUACAAAUACUUGACCGGCCGCAGCCCACCUGCCUCUGGUGGCAUCUGGACCCCUGCACCUGAGUGUAGUCUCCUGUUCUUGGCAGCUUCUGUCGCUGGCUCUGGUGUCCCCACAGCUGCUGCUCUCCUGUGAGGUCACCCGGUGUCGGGACCAUCCUGACCUGCUUCUUAGGGACGCGCCUGGAACUGCCUUGGCCAUGUCCGUGUGGGGGCCUCAGGCCAGGCCCCUCCUCAAAGCCCCACCAGCCCGGCGCUGCUGCCGAGCCCCAGGCAUGCAGGGCCGGCCACUGCUCUUCUGAAGCCAUUGGCUGCUCCUCCGCCCAGUGCUUCUGCCACACCUGCCCCCAGUGGCCCCUCUGCAGGGUUGCAGUCGCCUGGGACUGCCCUCCCCACCCCUGCACACACCCGCAGCACCGGUGCUCACCUCUACCUCCUGCCCUCAGGCCGCACAGCAUGGCAUGGCUAACACGCAGAAGGAGCCCUCCGGGGGCCCAGGGCCCCCUCAGCUGGGACUCCACGGCGCAUGCUUCCCAAGAUGGCCCCACGGAGGGUGCACCGGGCACCAGUGGACUUGAAGCUGCAUGGCCCAUUCCUGGGAGAUGCAGGCCAGGGCCUGUGUGAGCUGCCAGAUGAGUAAGGGAAGCCUGGCCUCCUGAUCCAGUGUCCCUGUCCCCCCCGUCCCCCCGUCCUGUUCUGCCAGCAGGACCCGUGUUUGGGAUUAUGAACAAGACCUAGACGGGCCGCCAUUCACGGUAUCAACACUACCCUCACUGCUGUUAGACACUCGCACUGUUCCUGUUCUUUCCGAACCGUUCGUUCUUUGUACAGUAAAUGUCAGAUUCAGCUGUGGUCC